CGGCGGCCGGACCGCUCACUCGCCGCAGCCGUCUGGGGGCCGUAGUCACCGCGCUGCUCCUGCUGGGGGCCGCCGACGCCAACUCCCUGCCUUUCUCACCUCCUCUUCCAGCGCGCAGUGCCACCUCCUUCACAUGGCCACGGGAACAACUAGUUCUUAAAGGUCUCUCUCACCCUGUAAUACACCACAGCUACCCACCUGCAAGGGAUAAGAAGCCUCCUCAGUCGCAUUCCUACCACAUACCGGGAGAGUGUCCUUGGACAGUAGACAGUCUCCCCUGACCAGAACAUCCCCCAGGAUGGCGGAGGAGGGCAGCAGUGCCAAGGACUCCGAGUCCUUCAGCGUGCUCACCUGGGACCAGGUCAGCCGGCUGCACGAGGUCCUGACUGAGGUGGUGCCCAUCCACGGGCGGGGCAACUUCCCAACCCUGGAGAUCACCCUGAAGGACAUCGUGCAGACUGUCCGUGGCCGGCUAGAGGAGGCUAGCAUCAGGGUGCAGGACGUCCGGCUGAACGGCUCCGCCGCUGGCCACGUGCUGGUCAAAGACAACGGCUUGGGGUGCAAAGACCUGGAUCUGAUCUUCCACGUGGCUCUCCCCACAGAGGCGGAAUUUCAGCUGGUGAGAGACGUGGUUCUGUGCUCCCUGCUGAACUUCCUGCCUGAGGGCGUGAGCAAGCUCAAGAUCAGCCCCGUCACCCUGAAGGAGGCGUACGUGCAGAAGCUGGUGAAGGUGUGCACGGACGCCGACCGCUGGAGCCUCAUCUCCCUCUCCAACAAGAACGGGAGGAACGUGGAGCUCAAGUUUGUCGACUCCAUCCGGCGUCAGUUCGAGUUCAGCGUGGACUCGUUCCAGAUCAUCCUCGAUUCUCUGCUUUUCUUCUAUGACUGCUCCAGCAACCCCAUCUCCGAGCAUUUCCACCCCACGGUGAUCGGGGAGAGUGUGUACGGGGAUUUCGAGGAAGCCUUUGAGCAUCUCCAGAACAGGCUGAUCGCCACCAAGAACCCCGAGGAAAUCCGAGGCGGGGGCCUGCUGAAGUACAGCAACCUCCUCGUGCGUGACUUCAGGCCCGCAGACCAGGAGGAGAUCAAGACCCUGGAGCGCUACAUGUGCUCCAGGUUCUUCAUCGACUUCCCAGACAUCCUGGAACAGCAGAGGAAGCUGGAGACCUACCUCCAGAACCACUUCGCCGAAGAAGAGAGAAGCAAGUAUGACUACCUCAUGAUUCUCCGCCGGGUGGUGAACGAAAGCACAGUGUGCCUCAUGGGGCACGAGCGCAGGCAGACCCUGAACCUCAUCUCCCUCCUGGCCCUGCGUGUGCUGGCGGAGCAGAACAUCAUUCCCAGCGCCACCAACGUCACCUGCUACUACCAGCCAGCUCCUUACGUCAGCGAUGGCAACUUCAACAACUAUUACAUUGCCCAUCCUCCCGUCACCUACAGCCAGCCUUACCCUACAUGGCUGCCCUGUAACUAACCUUAAGACCAGAGGGUUUCCACCAUGGGAACCCAUUUAGGGCAGGGGCUCUCAGGUAGGAGAGCCUCCUCCUUAGAUGUAGGUGUUUGGCUUUUAAGGGGGGAGCUCAGCUCUGAUUGUGCUUGUCUUUGUGUACCCGUUGGGGCAGGUCCACAGACUGUCACGAGCUAACCCUAAAAGGACCCACAUACAAUGCCACUCUGGAAGAUGCAAUAGGAAGCGUGACUCCUCCACAUCUUUCUAAGAUACUCACUAUCCUGUCAGUACCCAGACACAGGAUUUGAACUCUGCACGGUCUCUGGGAUUGGGAGAGCUGGGCAGCACGUGAGACGUGUCAAAGGCCCUCUUCUCGGCCGAGCCUACUGUAGGCCCCAGGGUCCUCUCCUCCGGGAUUCUCAGCAGCCACGUGACAGCUAUGCUGAUAGACUUGUACCGUGUCGAUUUUAGUCAGCUCCCAGACCGAGAAACACGAGGGUGCUCUCUCUGUGACUGGAUCUCCACUCGAGGGACUAAGUUGUGUGUGUCUCGUCCCUGUCAGCAGAGCUGAGAAUUUCAUUCAUCAAUAAACCAAAGCCAAUAGCUGGAGACUUGAGAUCUGCUUGGAAGUGGUUUAUGGUAUAUGCUGUGCUUUAUCAAGGAAUUAUGAGAUGUUGUGGAGAAAAAAAAAAAGAUGACCUUUGCUUGAAAUGUAACUUGAAAACAAAAUAAAAUGUGGAACAUAA